UCCGUCACCUUCGUUGAAUUAAAUCGUUUCGCAACAUGUUGACAUCUGAGCCUUGAUGUUUGCAACGAGUGACUACAGCGGUUCAGGACACGAAACGUCCUGACGGAAGAGGACAUCAAGGAAGUUGAGCGUCAAGGUCGAAACUCUUUCUGCUUUCUGCUUUCUGCUUCCACGACUGUGGCGGUCUACUUCAUUUGUUCUACAGACUACAAGAAGUGCUAUGUCUAGUGCCAUGGAUAUAGACGUGGAAGACAUGUUUGACAUGCCAGGCGGGAACGCAUUCGAAGAUGUGACUGAAUUAUUCGAACAAGCAGCGAGUGAUAUGGCACCUGGAGAUGUCCUCCUCUCUGAAGGGUUCACCUUGUUUGAUAGCAUGGGUGCGUUCGAAAUCGGUGAACCUCGAAUGGAUAGUGGGAUGAUCGUGGAAACGACCAGCCGUCCAACUUUCGAUCCUUUGACACCCUUGCUGCCCGAGGAAGUUUGCUGGAUUAUUGAUAGAGGCUUCGCAUGCGAGAUGGAAUGGCAUUCGGGAAGCACCCUAUCACAAACUGUCUAUACUUUGCUCUAUGUCCAUCAUCUGUCCAAUAUCGACCCGGACUUUCUACUUCAAGUCUCCAUGAACGAGGAUCCGCAUCGACCACUAGGACUUCUUACCAUUGUGCUCAGAGCAGCUGUUAUGGGGAUGCUAAAGUGCUGCGAUCUCGCGUGGAGAGAGAUGUCGCAGAACAAUGUCCAAGAUACCGAGGACUGGCAAAGUGAGAAGUGUGAAGUCUCACUAUUGGAAGGCGUACCAGUGGAAUACGUGGUCCAAAAAUUAGAGGCUGCAUGUUCGUGGCUGCGAUCUUCGUCCAUUCCAAUACCCCAGCGUGACGCCUUGAUCGACAGACUGCUGCUACGAAAGGCUCUUCUGGAACUAUUCAGAUUAGACCUCUCACAGCACCGAGACAAACUUCGACCAUUCCUGGUCAUCGCACUAAAUGAAUUACAUAAGGUCCAACAUACAACUAUAUCCACACCACCUCCCGACUCUCCAGCACUCCUGGCCAUUGACCCUUCUAUAACCCGCCGCCUACCCAACUUCAUCCCUAUACGCGUCGUAGCACUGCCUUCGCAAGAGAAGGUCUGGCAAACGAUAAGUGAACUACUCGAUGGUCUGAAUGAAUUGGACCAUUUGCUUGAUGCGACUUCAUUGUCGGCAUGGGAGACAAUAGGUUCCCUUAGGAAUUGGUCACCACAACGCACGCUUCAGCCGCCCUACAUCCGCUCUCGCAUUCUGACCUGUUUCUUUGACAACACUAAGAUAGCCCACCAAUACCCUCAAACUUGGCUUAUUGAUCGCUUUUGGCUUGAGACUUUCGGAAUGUCAUGGGAUCAAAUAUCCUCCCUUCUUCACAGAGAGCCUGAAGAUCCUCAGUUAUCUAUAGAACGAAUCGAGCUUCACACUCUCAAGAUGGUGAUACGAUAUGUCAAGGCAUUUUGGUUUAAUCCUCCCAGACGAAGGCGAUGCCUCAUGAAGCUGCAAUUGGAUUAUUCAUCGUUACAUAGAGCAUUAAAACUCAUGACAUCCAAAACGAUCUUCGAGGAUCCUGGUGACCAAGCUAUCGCAAAGGCUAUACCACUGGUCCCAACUUUCUACCAAUUGCGUAUCGCCCUGGAUAUCAUUCUUUCCGGAUUCCAACAAGAGCUCUACGCUCAAGAUGAACGACCGAUCGCGUACUACUAUGCUGCUCAGGUUCUCGAACUGUAUCUAGCCUUCUCGGCGGAAGUGAGCCUAGUUGUACCCGAUGAUAACUCUGCGAUUUCAGAGAUGGAGUUCUGGCAUGAUUAUUAUCAAGGUCUGCAACUAAUAUGCACUGCUCUGUACGGGCUCACCGCGAAAAACCUGCAUCACUCUAAAGAACGUUUAUCUGUCAACUUCAAACGCCGAUACAAAUGGUUAUUCACGAAAACGUUCCCUAAUAACGUAGAAGUAAAAGUGCUUCCCUUACCAGAUCUGGACGUGUUUUUCUCGGAUGCAGAAAUGAACUGGGACUCUACCCACUUAGCAAACACGUUCAAGGAAGCGAAGAAUUAUCUCGUUCCUUUGACAGAAACAGAUGUGAACGAUUUGUGGGCUCCGGCACAAGCGAAAGAUCGCAUCGACUUUGUGCGAGCCUUGAUCUCAGUCUGUGACAACUUACAGGAUGCGGCCCAGUCAGAUGUCAAUCGCGAUUCUGCUGGCGGCACCGGAGGUUUGAUGCGCGAGAGGUUGCGAUGGGAUCCAACUGUCCAUCCUUGGUUCCCAUGUUUAAAACAAGAUACAUAGCCUUUUCCUGCUCAGGAUCGUCAAUGGAAUGUCAGUACUCGGAUACAGUUUGACCCGCGCGGGCGUAUCGUGUGUUGAUAGAUAAUCCAAGAUUGACGUUUAAGAUGAAGACAUUACAACAUUCAAGCAUGGAACAGUAAAGAUGGAAACCAUUUUAAUUCGCUUCAACAGGCUUCGGGGGCCUCAAUAGAAGUCAGGCGUGUUUCGAACGACGAUGGUGGAUGGAACAAAAUGACGUGUUUCAUGUAUGAUAUGUUAUAGUGAUUCCUACUGGGAUUCCGGCCCUGCGACGUAGUACAUCUGAUUAAGUCCGACAACUGACAUCCGUAUCCAACGAGAGAAACUGCCAAUACUAUGGCUACAGUAGACGUGUCUGCUUGACACUGAAUAAGUGAAAGGAUAACGAAAAGAACGUGUGACCAAUGAAUGAAAGUAUGACAUCGAACCCAGAAGUUUUGAACGCAUCCUGUUACAUACUUAACAGUUGACCGCGACUUUAAAAUAAUUAUAGCGCAC